AUGGGUAACUGGAAGUCCCAGUCUCCCCCCGACUACAAUGAGGUCGUUGCAUCCAAUUACGCUAGCAACCAAUCCUCCUCCCCUGACGGCUUUCUCGCCACAAGCGAGUUUCAGGUAGAAGCCAUUGGAUACAACACCAACCAGGCACUCAGCGGCAGCAAACCGCUGGAGAAUAUUUCCGUCUACAGCAUGGAAUUCGGAGCACCCAUACAGGAAAAGUACACCUCUAUCCGCCUAAAGAGCAGUUCCAACUCAUGCGCGUUGGUGCGCCCAUCCGACCCACGUCAGAAUGCUCUCAUUUCAACCAUUUAUCGUUGGGGCCCUGGAAGACGCCCCAGGAUGCGCAUUCUACCCCGCGAUUCCAGUGUUUCGGUUGAGCAGGCCAUAGACGACGAUAAGUUGUGUGGAGAAUUGGUCGACGUCCAAAGCCGGUCGAUGUCGGGAGAAAGAAAAGCUUGUAACGCAGAUUCGCUGCUUAUUCUGGAGCGCAUGGAUCGCAUGGUAUUAGGGGACGGCACAAAGACUAAGAGCGGUGCCAGAGUCGCUCAGCUUAUUCGAAACGACCAAUUCCGCACCCGCGGCUCGGUUAGGUACUCCGGAGGUAAUGGUGGUCGCUUGGUGAUGGAUCUGCGCACGUGGAAGGAUGAGAAGCAUGCCGACACUGACGAUGUAGAGGCUUUCUUUGUAGCGAGUUGUAUCUUAAUGCUGAAGAGAGAGGCAGAUCGUUUCAUCGAAAAUAACAUCGUCGCCGUGGCAUAA